CCUCUAGCCCGCUCUCGCCCCGCCCCACUCGCUCGGCCUAGCCACACGCUGCCAUGGCGGAGCCGGAGCUGCAGCUGGUGUCCCGGCGCAUCCGCAGCUUCCCCGACUUCCCCAUCCCCGGCGUAAUCUUCAGGGACAUCUCGCCCCUCCUGAAGGACCCUGAGUCCUUCCGCACCUGCAUCCGCCUGCUGGCCGGCCACCUGAAGACUGCGCACGGCGGCAAGAUCGACUACAUCGCAGGCCUGGACUCCAGGGGCUUCCUGUUUGGCCCCUCGCUGGCCCAGGAACUGGGGCGGGGCUGCGUGCUCAUCCGGAAGCGUGGGAAGCUGCCAGGCCCCACCGUGUCCGCCUCCUAUGCGCUGGAGUACGGGAAGGCUGAGCUAGAGAUCCAGAAAGAUGCCCUGGAGCCUGGCCAGAAGGUAGUCGUGGUGGACGACUUGCUGGCCACUGGUGGAACCAUGUGCACAGCCUGUGAGCUGCUGGGCCAGCUGGGAGCUGAGGUGUUGGAAUGCGUGACCCUGGUGGAGCUGACCUCGCUGAAAGGCAGGGAGAAGCUGGGGUCAGUCCCCUUCUUCUCCCUUCUGCAGUAUGAGUGACACUGUCUUCAGCUGGGCAAGAAACCAUUCACUUUGUGCCUUCAGUGACCUGCAAGGGCAACUCGCUGUACCUAUGUCAUUUCUACCUACUGAUCAUCUCCUUAGGGGAGUGGCCAGUGCCCAGUCCCCAACUGCCACAGCCAGACAAAAUCAGUAAACAGCUUUGUUACCCACACAUCGAUUAGUGUAGACCCAGACUCCAUCCAGCCUUGGCCUCCCUGGUGGCAGCCCCAGCCAGGACAAGUAGACAGGGCAGUCUUGAGCACCUGCUUUGUGCCUGUCCUUCCUGGAUGGCCAGGACAGGCUGUGGGAGCCCACUCUGUAGGGGAGCAGACAGGUCUCACAGCCACAUGGCCUCCUUGGUCUCCUUUUGUGGCUUAACAAGCACUUAUACUUAGUGGUCUGGCACACCAAUUCCUUCUGCAGAUGCUAUGCUUCCACCAAUCUGAGGAUCCCCUAUGAUCCAUGGUGACACCAAGUCACCUGGGUAGUCCAGGGCCACCUCUCCAUCUCAUGAAGUCCUGUCACCUAAACUGAGCACUGCCACCACUGCCACAACAGCCCACAUGCAGGAUGUUAUGGUUUAUGUCCAGGUGUAACCCCAAAGCCUCAUGCAGUUUUAGAUGGAGCUUUGUCAGUAGGGCUGAAUCUGGAGCAUGUGGUUGAUUCAUGGUACAAUGCUGAGCUUAAGGGUGUGUAACUGCUGGCCCAGUCUACUGACUGGAUUGGCACUGCCCUAAUCCUGGUAGACUGGAUACCACACAAGGGACAGAAAGGCUCCUCUCCUUCCCUUGUUGCUCCUGCUGCCAUAAACGGUUGCCUGUCUGCCAUGUGCCACCUGACUGUGGGCUGAAACUUCAUGAGCCAAAUAAACCUUUCCUCUUUUAA